GGAACAGACCUCCACACAUUUCAAAUCUCAAACCAAUUUUCUUUUUCAAAUAUUGAAGACAGAGAGGAAUUCAUAUUAAACAGAUGUCACCGGGAAAUCAGUAGAACUGAUAUUUUAUUUUUAUCGGAUGAAUUGAAGUGAAAAUUGUGAUAGAAAAAUAUUGAGGAUGACGAGUCUACCGUGUAUAAUAUUUCUACUUUUGUUCGGCGUUUUGGUGAUUGAGGGAAGAUAUCAGCAGACAAAACCAGGCUGCCGAUAUGAUGGUAAACGCUACCAGGAGUCCUCAUCGGUAAAUACAAGUGAGCCCUGUCUCCACUGCUCAUGCUACCAGGGCUCCCUAAGAUGUCGUUUACGUGUCUGUCCACGUAUACCAAAUCCACUGCCAUCUGGCUGUACAACAAGAAUUCCCCAUGAGAAUGCAUGCUGUGCUGAGCUCAUUUGCGAUGAUUACCAUAAGAGAGAAAUAUCACGGAUGAGAAAUGCUCAGCUCGACCUCAAAAAUGGUGGAUGCGUUUGGGAUGGAGUUCAUUAUGCGCCUGGCUCGGCUAUGAUGGGCUCACGUAGGUGUGAAUAUUGUUACUGCAUAUCUGGUGAGCGUAGGUGCGUCAGACCAAAGUGUCUAUUGCCAUUACGGGGAUGCACCCCACUUUACGCUCCGUAUUCCUGCUGUCCAGUCGCCUAUAAUUGCACUCAUUCAUUCCAACAUUCAAUUUCACUGUCGGCAAAUGGUUGUAAAAUUGGUAAUCGGUGUUAUGAAGAGGGAGAAAUGGUACGUGACAUUGAAUGGAAGACAAUGUGUGAAAAUUGCUUUUGCGCUAUGGGCGGUAUUCGGUGUGUUCCACUUGCAUGCGCACCACCUCUACAGGGAUGCACACCGAUAGUACGUGAAGGACAUUGUUGUCCAUCGACCUACAACUGCAGCGGAAGCAUUGCAAUGAAAUCGAAGCAGAACUUCGCUUCGUACGCGUUUAUCAGUAAAGAUUACGCGAAAUUUCGAAAGGAGACAAAUUUUUUACUGCCGAGUGAGUCCCAAUACUCGACCAUCGAAGGGAGGUCCCAUCGUGAACAUGACGAUUUACGUACAACUCAGGAACCACUUGAGGAUGACUCAACGAUAUCUCCGCUCGAUGUAACAUCGUCCACAGUCACUUAUGAGACUGAGACGAUGGAUAACGAGAUUCCCACCGAGAGUAUGGAUUAUCCCAAGUCAACCGCGUCAGCAGAGAGCAUCACCCAAUCUUGGACAAGCAGUGAUGAAGCUAUCGAGACAUCUAGUACCAUUGAAAUCUCAACUGGCUCUGGUAACACGACUAUUGAUUAUCGAUUGACAACUGUCAUUGAUUACACACUGAUGAACGAGGAUGGGUCUGAUGUAGUGGUGAGAACAGAAAGUUUAUUGCCAGAAUCCGUUACCAGAGUUCAUAGUCCAAGUCUGGAAAUGAAAACAAAAUCUAGGGAAAAUAUGGAAAACUUCGAGAGAAAUGUAACUACGGAAUAUCCGGAGAUUCUUUUUCAAACAACUUUUGGAAAAGUUGGGGGGAACGUCAGAGGAGAUGUCAAAGAAGCUGUUGUCAUGCCUGGAGAUAUUCUCGUUAUGAAUGUCACACUGAAGACGAAUGUCUCCGUGGAAAUGGUCCAGAAAAUUACGGGAAAUCCGGUGAGGCCUCUGCCACCUGAUGUUGAGAGGAUCGUCAACAUCACUGAUCGGAAGAAGGGACAGGACUAUGAAGAGUACGAUUAUAGUGAGCCCACACUGCCCCCUUCUUUGCCAAAUGUCAGAAUCAUUCCAUUUGUCGCAGCAGACGCUCUUGUGAAAGAUAAAGAAUCAACAUCACCAGUAACAGCUUAUCCCCUGGGCUCAGUAGGCGUUCCACCAGAGCUAAGACCAAGUGACGUGUCCGUCGUUGGUAGUUCUGGCAAUUUCUACGACAUAGUUACCCAGGAGAAUCGUUUCAGUCCACCAGUAGAAACUGAAGGGGGAUUUGUGCCGAGAGAGCCAUCGUAUUUUGAUAGCCCAUAUCACUCGACAGAUUUGAAUCUUGAAAUUGGCACUGGGGUGACAGUCUUCCCUGCUGACAUAACGAAUCCUCAUCGGAAAAACGAUGACAUUACGACGGAGUGCCUUUUAGAGGGACGUCCAUAUCAUCAUGGGGAAUUAUUACCCAGCAGUGGCCACUGCAUCAUCUGCAUCUGUUAUUACGGAGAAAUCUCCUGCUCCGAUGAAAAAUGUUCGCCCGUAAAAUUCGGGUGUCAGAGAAUCCCGGACGACAGCAAAUGUUGCGGUAAAAUUAUUUGCGGCUCGAACGCCGAAGAAUCUCCCACAGUGGUAUUGGACCGAGACGAUUUAAAAUCACCUCUGAAUAUAGAGCGGACUUCCUUCGAUCCCUUCCGGGACGUGAUUCGCACCGAACCAGCCCCAGAUUUGCCUUCGCUCAUCGAAGAUAUGAUUCCCUACCUCGAGCACAGAAUAACCAUCCCCGCCACCACUCCCCUCUCCUUCGAGCCCCAAAUGUCGUUGGCCCAGUCCAAUUUCAAGGAUAAGACUGUGAAUAAAAUCGAGGAUGUUGUCAUCACAACUGAAGAUCCAAAAAAUUCACCGCAAACACUCCCUCCGGGUACAGAUGAUAAAAAUCUUAGAGUCUCCAACAAUUCCUGGACGCAUCACAACGAAGAAGCCCUUCUUUCAUUCGAUUCUGUGCUGGACAUGUUUUUUCCUGAUACCACUCUACCACCAAAGAGCAGUACGACUGCAUCGAUGAGCGCUGAUAGUUCAACAGUUGAAAAUAAAUUAUCUUCAAGGAUAAAAAAUCAAACCCCGAAGGAGGAAAUCAUUGUCGGUGGGGAGGAAAUAUUUUUAGAUAAUAGGAGUGACCCAUCGAAAGACUUUUCAUCCGGGGGAUUGACAAUGCCAAUGAUAUCUGAAAAUGUAACGUUGAAAAAUUCUGGUGAGUUGAGCGAGGAUGCAAAUGGAGGGGAUCAAAAUGACAAGGAAAAUCUGUCUGUUGGUGGGUUAUUGAAGCUGGCUGGUUGCAAUAUCUAUGGGCGCAUGUAUCGAGUUGGUAGGAUAAUUGUGGAGCUCUCGACGCCGUGCCUCGAGUGCCGUUGCACUGAUCUUGGGGUGCAGUGUAAACAGCUCGAGUGUUGAGAUGAAUUAAUGACAACUUAUAAUUGAAUUACGCCGUGGACACGAGUGAAUAAUCAAUAGUGAUUUUAUUUAUUAUCAUGAUAACGCAAUCAUUCUAAUCGCAUAUACAGACUGAUUUUUAACCAAUUAAUUUUAAGGUAAUUAUUACGACCCUGGAGAAUUCUAAUGAGAUAGAUAAUUUUUUUUAUCGGUUUUCGAGAGCCUGAUGCGCUUCCUCGGAGAGCGAUAAGAACUGAGACGAGGAAGAGUCACUAUAACUUGACGAUGAUAUAAAGAAAGUACAUUGUAUAUCCGACAACACAACUCGUAACCCAUUGCUCACAGUUAUGACUACUUUUAUAUCAAUGCGGCCAACUAUUGUCGAGGAGUUAUGAUUGACUACAUAGAAAUUGUUUUUUUUUACUACUUCUGCUAAAGAAGUCCUCAAUGUAGGUUUAAGUUAGAUUUACACAAGAUUACAUUUUCAUUUUGUAAUAACGAUCUCAGUAGUAACAAAUUGUUUUUAACAUCAUGAAAAUAAAUACAUUUGAGAUAUAA